GGGAAGCACAGCCAGUGAUCGUCCUUUGAUUCAGGUGAUGCUCCACUUGCAUGUGGGUUACGCCAGGUUUUACGACUCGAAAAAUCUGGCGAGAAAAGCGAGGAACGCGAAAUUGCAUAUAGUCCCGCGGCAGCAGCGAGUCGGGUAAAUCUGAAUAUCUUUGGGACCCAGACUGCAAGGAACGAGUUCGAUUUUGACGUGACGAGUACUAGUAUGUUUUCCUCGAGGACCGAGGAAAGGUCAAAUGAAAUGGACUGCACUGUAGCUCUAUGUAGCAACCGCUGGGCUGUGUAUAGCUUUCGUUCAAACGUCACGGUCAACUUCUCCGAUCACAUAUGUCGCAGCGCGAUAACGAAUGUUUGCUGGGGAAAAUACAAGUUCUCUCUCUUUUGAUCACCUGGCCACCUGCUAUUGGGUUUUGACUUUCUACUCGUGUUUGGUAUGUUGGGGUACACGGGAACCAGGUGAUCGUCCUUGCACAUUGCGGUAGUACCGCCAGCUACCUAUUCAUGAUCGGACAACAACUCUCGAGAUAAUUAUAGCACUUUGCCAGUGCUUUGUUAAUCAAUUUCACCUCGAUAGAAUCAGGGUUUCCGGGCAACAAUUGGACCCCAAUCUAAUUCUAGCGGUGUAGACGCAUGUCCGACAAUUGACAGCUUGCGUUACUGCGUAAGCCUACGUAUAGCUUCUUAGCUGCUUGUUUCAGAUGAUUUCGUCAGGUGAAAUGUAUCGAAAGCAAGGAGCACCUGACUGGAUCUAAGGGCAAUGUAUAAAAGGCCAGUGCACAACCUCAGUUCAUCAUUCUCCAACAGUCUCCCCAACUCCUCUAAAUCAAUACAAAUGGCUUUGCGCUCUAUUCUCGCUCUCGCUACUGUUGCCACUAUUGCCAGUGCACAGUCGUUAAACGUCGUUAACUCUUGCAGCGAGUCCGUCUUGCUCUUCACCCAGACUUCCUUCGGUACCAUCGACAACAAUGUUGUCGUCGCUGCUGAUGCCAGUGCCAACAUGGGAAUCAGCUCCAACUGGGAUGGUGCCAUCAACGUCGGUACUGGAUGCACCAGCGAUGGAUCUUCCUGCACCACCGGUGGUCCCACCUGGGACGGUGUCACUCCUUUCAGUAGGGCUGAGUUCAACUUCUACGCCAUUGCCGGAUCAGUCACUUACGACAUCUCCUUGAUCUACGGUUACAACGUCGGAAUGAAGAUCUCCUCCGCUGACGCCAGCUGCGAUGCUUACGCUUGCACCAUCAACAACUGCCCCCUUCCCGGACCAGGAUCAGACACUUGCUACUCCCCAUGCUGCUCAUCCGCUAGUGCUUGCUCUGGAGGUGCUCUUCCCGCUAGUGGAGGAGGAUGUGUCAACAACGCUGGCCCUGGCCCCAACUCUGCCUUCUACUACACCACCUGCCCCAACGCGUACGCUUUCCCUGACAACGAUGGUGCUGGCGGCUACACCCCCGCCGACAACGUUGACUACACCUGUAGCAACACCGCCAUCACCCUCACUCUCUGCCCCGGCACCACCUCCAACAUCCCCAAGAGGAAGUAAAAAUGUGCCUGAUCUUUGGCUAAUUUGAGAUUGUAAAAAAGCCAGGGGAAUCCGUAUUAUAGUUUCUGGUAUUAGUGGGUUUAUAAUUUGGUUUAUAUUGU